CAGCUGAGGAGCCAUAUUCAGAAUAUUUAAGAGAAUUACAAACUGAAGAAUCUGAAGGGGAUUCUGUUCAACAAUCCCAGAAUACUGUGUCCAAAAUGGCUGAUGACAUUGAAGGCUGUGACUCGGAUGACAGCAGUGACCUAUUUCUCAGUCCUGCCCCUCCCUCCCCACCCCCUAAUGAUCCCCGCCCUCUAUCUACAGCGGGGGUGGAUCUCACUGAAAAUUUCAAAGAAACUGAAGAAUUCCUGAAAGAGCUCCGAAGUGAGGAGAAAACAUCUGAAGGGAAAUUCAUUACAGAAGAAAAUUGUGAAGAGAGAUUGUCGGAAGAGGGUGAGGCGAAGGGAAGGAGUGAAAAUGAGGCCGGGGAUAUCAUAAGAUCCAAUCAGAAAUCAAAGAAUUCGGGUAUAAACUCCAAGAGGGACAAUUUGACUGAUAUCAAAGAACCAUCAGUGAUACAGGAAUCUCCUCAAAGCCAAAAACCUGGUAAAACUUCCAUGGCUAGAUUAAAAGACCUCUACCAUUCUACUCCAGUAUCCAAAAUCAAGAAACCUCAAGGGGGACGAAAAAAUACUCUUUCAUUCCUGUCUCCAGUCCUGACUCCCAGGGAACUUCUUGGAACACCCCAAACUGAAGUCUACACAGCCCCCAGUGUAAACGUUCCGAGCCCAGCGGUACAAAGAUCACCUAAAGAGGACCAUCAGAGUAAAGUCUUCAUAGCCUCAGGACUUCCUCUCGGUCAGCUGAAUGAGCUUCGUCGAUUGGUCCAGAGUCAUGACUGUAAAUUUCACCCCAAGUUUUCUCCCUACACCACUCAUCUCAUAGUGAAAACAGUCCCCCCGGGGAGUCGGAUGUGUGAGAGGACCCUCAAGUUUUUCCAGGCCCUGGCCUAUAAGUGCUGGAUCCUGGAUUACCAGUGGGUGACAGACAGUGUGGCCAAGGGGAGGCUACUGGAAGAGGGUCCGUAUGAAAUCAGUGGAGAUACCGUGACGAAUGAGCAUCACUACGGACCACGGAAAUCCAGGACCCAGAGUCCCACUGAUCCAGGGAUUCUGAAUGGAAUCCAGUUCCACAUCAUCGGAUCCAGCCAAGGACUUAGUUCAGAUGACAUAAGGGACCUGAUAGAGACUUGUGGGGGAUGUGUCAUCCAGGAGCCCGAGGAAUUCGACCGUGACGGUCUCUGUAUAAUCAUCACAUGUGCUGCCCUAGAGGACAGUCAGGAAACUGCCCCCUCACAGGAAGUCAUCCUGUUUAAUCGGCUGUACAGAAGAUAUGGAGCUGUGACGGUUUCCAGAGAAUGGUUGUUGGACUCUCUGACUGUAUAUAACCUACAACCACUCAGUGAAUAUGUUCUAACCUCAGUCAAAGGAAUGGUCAUUCCCUCCGUGUGAUGGUCAGUGAUUGGUCAGUUUGACUGUGUGAUGGUCAGUGGUCAUUCCCUCUGUGUGAUGGUCAGUGAUUGGUCAUUCUGACUAUGUAAUGGUCAGUGAUUGGUCACUCUAACUGUGUGAGGGUCAGUGAUUGGUCAUUCUAACUGUGUGAUGGUCAGUGAUUGGUCAUUCCUUCUUUGUGAUGACCAGCAUUAAGGAACUAAAAACUGGCAUGUGUAAAGGAAAAAAGUUCUUUCAGCUGUAAGUUGACAGAAAUUGACAGUCUUUCCUUUGUAAAAGAUAAUGGUCAGCCCACCUCAUAUUUGUCAAUGUAGAGGAAAAUCUGGACCACUGUUUAAGCAACAGGGUCAUUCCUUUAAUGUGCAUC